UUCUACUAUGCAAUAUACAUCAGAGGAAUAAACAGGCUCAAGAGAAAUAACUGGAACCAGUUUUUAGCGAAAAAUGGCUGUGAAAUUCAAAUUUUUAUCGCUCAGGUAUCGUGCGGUAUAGUCCAUGAUGGCUGUUGCAGAUCCUUCUCUCUCUAUGGAGUUCGGACGUCCCUUGAGCAGUCCUCGACAACCUCGCACACUCACUCCGAUAAAACGACCACUUCAUAACUCACUCCAACGUCCAUUCUUGGACCCCUCACUCCAAACACUUCCCUCCAUUGAGUCCCCUACAGGAACACAGAUGCAGGUGGUCCUGAAACCAGACUCCCCACAUGCACCCAAUGACUAUAUACCUUUGGACCUACUGCAAACACUCAAGAGACAUAGUCACAACGCCACUGUGAGUCCACGGGGACGACAGAGGCAUCCUACACUGCCCAAAACAGGACCUUCAGUUUCGACUGGUGGUGUUCCCAUAGCUCCCAAGAUUCCCCCGGCCAAUCUGUGGAACUAUUCCAGUCGUCGCUCUAAACUCAAGCACCUGACGGAGGCCCCACCGUGUGUGUGUGGGGCAGGUAGGGACAUCUCCUUCCUCUAUGAUGCUAACAACACAACCAUCGGGGGCAAAGAAACCACCUCAGGAAAUACCCUCCCCAACACGCUAGUACCAGAAGAAUAUCGUUUGGUCAAGCACCCCGGAGUGUUGGGUCUGGAGUACCACAACGAUCCUUACGUAAUUCGAAGUGAGGACCAUGACCAUCACAUGACAGUGUUCCCCUCCAUGAGACCAGCAGGCCGGCACGAGGCAGUAACUCUCAAGCAUACACUGGAGACCAUGCUGAGGCGAGCUGGAGUACCUAGUGAACUCAAGGACUCUGAUAUGCAAGGCCCCACUGUCAUGCACAACUUGCUGGAGCUGCUACAGAAAGAGCAGGCCAUCUACAAUAUUUGCUUCCAUGAGCUGAUACGCCAGGUCAGUGUCCACUGUGUGGAGAGAGGAGAGCUGCUAGCUGACGUCAGGAGGAGGUACAACAACCUCCUCGAUAGAAUACCCCGUCAGAUCAAAAGCCUUCAUGAUGAGCUGGUAGCACAGAGAGCUCUUGAUAGGAAGCUAUCAACUGAGCUCAAGCGAUUCAAGGGAAAGGUUUCCAACCUAACAGAUGAGCUGUCCUCGAUUAAAGAGCAUGAUUUGCACGUCACAGAGCAGUCAAGAACAGCAGAGGAUAAUCUGAUUUUAGCACUGGCAGACUCGGAAAAGAAUUCAAACUUGCUAGCCGAGUACCAUGCCCUGUACGAGCUCCAACGCAACAGAAUAGACGAGCAAGUAUCCAACCUCACCUUUGAGCGAGACCUGUGGCAGCAAGGCUCCUAUGAUCUGGCAUCAAGAGUGGCGGAGGAGAACAGUCUCAAAACUCUGCAGAGGAUUCAACUGUGUGAGAAGUCGUGGUGUAAACUAGGAGGCCACUUUGCUGUGCUCCUCAGCGAUAAGGACACUCAACAGUUGUCUGAGAUUCAGAGUUACGUUCAGCGUUGGCGUGAGAGGGUGGUAGAGGUGACCUUCAAGAUGCUCAAUAUAGAGAGCAGGAUGAGGGAGAGGAUUGAUAAAGUUGAGACUGGUAUGCAGCGAUGGAUUGAAAUAUUGGACAAACUAAUUAAUGCUGAGGAAGGUGGUCAAGGUCCUAGCAGAUCACAAACAGAGCAACUCUUCUCAGACAUUAAACUCUGGGAGGACAUAGUCAACCAAGAGGCUGACAACUUCUCCGGAGUUACUCUACUCGAUUGUCAGGAGGAGCUCUCCAGUCUCCAAUCUCUAGUGGACAAGUGGACUGAGGUAGCACUGCAAAUGUUCAACAGACAUCAAGGAGAGGGGACCCAGAGCCCUGAGAAUAAGAGAAUGCUAGAGUUGAAUACUGCUGUGGACAGAGGGCUUAAAGUGUACGCAGAAAGACUCUCUGGAGAAAACGGAGUUGCGACUGGCUUUAUACGCAUCAUGACACCCCUGGAGACCUGGGAUAAUAAACUGGGACUCUGUGUAGCCACUCACGACAAACAACUGCCCCUCUCUGAUUGGGUCAAAUUCUGUACUAUACUGAAGGAUUGGGUUUCUCAAGUGCGUUACAUCAUCAGUUGUAUUGGUACUAACCAUCAGGCCAAGCCACCGAGGGGAGGAGACAGCGAAGAAGAAGAAGAAGAAGAAGUAGAGGAAGUAGCCCCACUGAAUGGUUUGCUUGGAGAGGCUGAUAAAUGGAGAGCAGCUCUCUCACACGCCAUAGACAGCAGUGACACUCUCGUCACAGAACAGGUGAGGAGACUCCACUCAUCACUAGUCAAGUGGAUGGUGGAGUUACUGCUCAAGUUGACAGACACACCAGUACAGCCAGAGAAGGCCCAGGGACACAGACAACACAUAGUCACCACUGCAGACCUCAGAGCCGAUUACACUAGACUGGUAGAGACACUGACUAGCUUCACGAAAAUGCUCACAAGACAGUGUUUGGAUGUGGUGCGUGACAUAGUGGACCAACGUGUAGCGGAGGACUAUCCCAAUCCAGAGGAGGAGCAGACAGAGCUCAAGAGACUGGGGGAUGAGGGUAAUGAGUGGGUGAGGCUAGCGGGACUACUACUGGAGGAAGCUGAUACUGCUGUAGAGACUGAUGCAGAGGGAGGUGACAAAGAGAGUGAAAAGGAGACGGUUGUCCCCUCCGGUGCUGAGUCAGCAGUGGCCCCAGAGGAGGUCCUACCAGAGGACCUACCAGAGACCAUGAGUGUGGUGGGAAUAGAUGACAACAUCCACCCCAAGCCACUACAGCAAGUCAUCGAUGAGACUGAGCCUCCUCCACUCUUGUCCAGUGCUGAUCUGGGUCUAGACACGGAAGAUGCGAUGCCCGAGGGUAGGGACACACGCAGAGAGGACGUGGAAGCACUGAUUGUCAACCUUGACCAAGCCAACAAGAAACUCCAAGAACAAGAAGAGCUGACACACAAGGUUGAAGAGAGAGCAGCUUCUGUUGAGAAGGAUCUGGAGGAUGCCAAGAGCAAGAUAGUAGAGUUAGAGACUGAGCUACAGCAGGCCAAGGAAGCUCUUGAACAGCAGAGAAAAAACUCUGAUAAAAACUCACGUAAGAAUAGUAAGAAGAGUGCUGCUACUAGGCCAACCAGCCGCAAAUAAUGUGUGUGUGUGUGUGUGUGUGUGUGUGUACAUGCAUGAUGUGGACAUGCUUUUAUCGA